AUGGAGCCAAAGCAGCUUGUCAGCUUGCACCAAUCUGCUCAAUCCUUUGGGGGCAUGAAUAUGCAAGUCAAUACCCAUGGAAGCCAGAGUAACUCUUUACUAUCAAGGACACAAAUGCUGAAUGAAACUAGUGACGGUCAUGUUUCAAGGCUUCAGUCGUCCACAGGACAGCCUAUUAUGUCAACUGGGUGUGCAAUUGGAGUUUUGGCACAAAACAACAAUGCCAGAGGUCCAUUAUACAUUCCAGUCUCCAUAGCCUCUUCAACACCAGAUUUCUCAGUGAACAAUGACACAGACUUGUCAGGCAGUAGUUUUCCUCUUGGAAGUAAUGCAGGGAUGUCUACUUUCAGCUCUAAAGGAGUGCUCCAAGAGGAGUUUAAUUCGGAAACAAAAGGAUCAAGGGGAAGUCUUCUAAGUUAUGAUAUCCUUAAUGAACUGCAUCAGCAAAAAUCCCAUGUUUGGGGUUCACAGAAUGUAGGAUUGACAUAUGAUGCCUCCCAACAUGCCAAUAUAAGAGGAAGCCUCGAUGUCUCACCGGCUGUUCUAGUUCAACAAGGUUUUUCCUCUUUCCAGAAUGUUGGGCAAAACAGGAAUGCCGUUAGCAAGGCAGUCUUUUCGGCAAGGCAAGAAAGUGGGCAUGGGAAUGCCCCAAACUUUAGUCGACAACUUAACACGUUUCUUGUUGACAGUUCUCCUUCGGUUAAGGCUGAGAGACUUCCCGAUUCGAGUUAUCAAAAUAUUCUAUUUCCUGAACAAUUUAGUCAGGAGGACCUCAUGAGUGUACUCCUCAAGCAGCAGCAAGAAGGCACUGGACUAGUUGAAAGUGAGUUUGGCUUUGAUGGGCAUCCCUUGGAUAAUCUUCCUGUGUAG